AUGUCGGUAGCACUGCUGAAGAUCGGCGUGGUGCUUAGCACGAUGGCCAUGAUCACCAACUGGAUGUCGCAGACGCUCCCAUCACUCGUGGGCCUCAACGGCACGGCGCUGAGCGCGGCGCGGAGUGUUUACCCACACCGAAGCAUAGGAGUUUUGCCUUCUAACCUGGAUGAAACAUGGCAGGUGUAUAGCUCAGCUCAGGACACUGAGGGAAGAUGUGUGUGUACCAUUGUUGCUCCCCAGCAUACCAUGUGCUCCAGAGAUGCACGCACCAAGCAACUCCGACAGCUCCUGGAGAAGGUGCAGAACAUGACCAAGUUAAUCCAGGUGCUGGAUCAGCGGAUACAGAAGGAUUUACAGUACGUGGUCAGAAUGGAGGACCAGCUCAGAGGCUUGGAAACCAAAUUCCGACAAGUGGAAGAAACUCACAAACAAAACCUCGCCAAGCAAUACAAGGCCAUGAAGGAGAAAAUGGCAGAACUGAGGCCACUGAUUCCUGUGUUGGAAGAGUACAAGGCAGACGCACAACUUGUUCUGCAGUUCAAGCAGGAAGUGCAGAAUGUGACCACCACUUUGGCAUUGCUUCAGCAGGAGAUGGGAGCUUACGACUAUGAUGAAUUGCACUUGCACGUCACAAGCUUGGAGGAAAGACUCCAUGCAUGUAUGCAGAAACUUGCAUGUGGAAAGCUGACGGGCAUCAGUGAACCUGUCACUAUUAAAACAUCUGGUUCUCGCUUUGGAUCCUGGAUGACCGACCCACUGGCUCUAGAGGGAGAUAAUCGAGUGUGGUAUAUGGAUGGCUAUCACAACAAUCGCUUUGUGCGAGAGUAUCGUUCCAUGUCUGACUUUAUGACAUCAAACAACUUCACAUCCUACCGCCUGCCACACCCAUGGUCUGGAACAGGCCAAGUGGUUUAUAAUGGCUCCAUUUAUUUCAGCAAGUUCCAGAGCCACAUUAUCAUCAAGUUUGACCUGAAGACCUCCACCAUCAGCAAGACCCAGAGGCUGAACAGUGCUGGGUACAACAAUGUGUACCACUAUGCAUGGGGUGGCCAUUCUGACAUUGACCUUAUGGUGGAUGAACAUGGGCUUUGGGCUGUCUAUGCCACAAAUCAAAAUGCAGGCAACAUUGUCAUCAGCAAACUCAACCCAGUCACCCUACAGGUCAUCAAGUCAUGGACAACCAAUCAUCCAAAGCGCAGUGCAGGUGAAUCCUUUAUGAUUUGUGGCACACUCUAUGUAACCGAUGGGUACUCUGGAGGGACAAAGGUCUACUAUGCGUACCACACCAACUCCUCUACUUAUGAGUACAUUGACAUCCCUUUGCAGAAUAAGUACUCUCACAUCUCCAUGUUGGAUUACAACCCACGGGAUCGUGCCCUCUAUGCCUGGAACAAUGGGCACCAGGUGCUCUACAAUGUUACCCUCUUCCACUAUAUACACACACACACACACACACACACACACACACACCUGGUAUCCUCCACACAUGUCCUGUCUGCCUUCAUAGACUCAGGGGUAGAGGGGAAUUUCAUCAAUAGUGGGAUCAUGCAGAAGUACGACCUGCCCGCAAUCCCUCUGCAGAACCCACUCCGCGUACAAACCAUUGAUGGAGGACCCAUAGUAGAAAGUCUGCAGCCAGACUCCAGUGAGAAUGUCCCGGAGUGUUAUCUUGACCUGAAGGAGGUCUUCAGUAAUGUGACUGUGCCAUCAAUCUCCUACCAGAAAGAGCAUGCUGCCAUGGAAGAGUACAUUCAAGAAGCCCUCAACCAAGGAUACAUCUGUCCCUCCAAAUCACCAGCCUCAGCAGGCUUUUUCUUUGUCAAAAAGUCCUCAUCAUCCAUGGGGACUAUGGUCCAAAUGGAGGAUCAUAGUCCCCGUGAGGUGACAAAGGCCAGUCUGGAAGCUCAUCUGGGUCUACCUUAA